AAUUCAAUUUAGAGAAAGUCUUGGCAGUUAUAACUAAACCAUGAUGCGCACGCCCCUUGCGCAGCUUGCCCCCGCCGUGACACGUGUGCGAACACAGUGGAAAGGGACACUACUGCCACAGACUCAUGCGAAAAACGGAUGGCGGAAUGCUGCCCUGCUGGGCGUCGCCAGUGCUGGCGUUGCCGGAGGACUGUCGUUUGUUUCCUGUGACAAACCUUGGAAACAGACCUUGGGUUCUCCCGUGGACAGCAACCUGAAGGUGCCCCAUGACAAGGAUCUCAAGAUCAUUGGCUUGGAGGAAUUGCGCAGCCACAACAACAUGGAAGAUGGAUUGUGGGUGUCCUACCAUGGUCACGUUUACGAUGUGACUAACUUCGCCAAGAUUCAUCCUGGUGGUCCCGGACGCAUUCAAAUGGCUGCUGGCAGCGAUCUGCAAAAAUAUUUUGACGUCUAUCACGUCCAUCCUGACGUCUCGAAAUUUCUGGACCGCACCUGUCUCCUCGGUCGGCUCACGGCGGCGGAUGCCAAGCGAUCCUAUGAGGAGACCAUUUUUGCCAACCCAUAUGAGAACGAGCCGGCCAGAAAUCUGCAGCAGACCAUUGCAACAGCACCCCGCUGGGCGAAUCUCAUGGGAAAAUACCUCCUGGAGUCCUUCAGAACUCCCAUCCCAGGCUUCUAUGUGAGGAAUCACUUUCCAGUCCCUAGCUGGGAGGAUGUCGAAGAAGAGUACGAGUUUGAGGUUCUGACCGCUUCAGGCGGCAAAAGCUUCAAAUUGAAGGAUCUCCGUCCAUUGCCGCAGAUCACGGUUGAGGCCACCAUGAUUUGCGGAGGCGCCGCGCUCUAUCCCCGGUACCUACAUCGAACCGACCAACGGGAGACCUGGGAGAAAGAGGAAUUUCCUCGCAACGAAAUCAACAACAACUUUUGGGGCAGCCACGCUGUGUGGACCGGCGUCAAGUGUCGCGACGUGCUACGCACUUGCGGCGUGGACGUGGAUGGCAUUGCGCUGGGGGAAAAGCCCUUGCCGGCGAAAUAUUUACGUUUGACUGGGCACGAUGCAGAUGAAACGGGUUCCAACUUUGGUGUUACGAUCCCCUUGGAGAAAGCCAUUGAUCCCUUCGGUGAUGUGAUCUUGGCCAUGACCAUGAACGGUGAAGCUCUGCCGGCGGACCACGGAUUCCCGGUGCGGGUCCUGGUGCCUGGCUUUGCUGGGGUGCGGAACUGCAAGUGGCUGGCGAAGAUGGAACUGGUGGAUGACUUGCAUGAAAGUCAUGUGGACACUCACACGGAUGAGGUGAUCUACCCUCCGGACAUGAACUUCGAAGAUGAUUUGGCCAAAGUUUCCCUGACGGGUGGAUCUGUGCAGAGGGCUGGCAGAUGGGAAGCGAAGCAGGACAAUUCCAUCUUCCGGGUCAUGGAGAUGCCGGUGCACAGCAGUGUGAUUGUGCCGGAGCUGCAUCAGACCUUGCGCGGCGCGCAGCUGGCGCAGGUCCUGGCCGAGGGCCUCGAGGUUCGAGGCAUUGCCCUGGGUGGCGGCGGACACCGCGUGGCGCGUGUGGACGUCUCCAUCGAUGGCGGAAAAAGCUUCACUCCGGCGGAGCUGGAUGAUCAUGGCAUGGAGAAGGUCCACAAGCGAAACUAUCAUUGGUCCUGGUAUUUCUGGUCCAAGAAAGUGCCCUUGACCCCUGAGAUGAAGAAACAGCUGCAGAGCGGCCAAACGGUGGAGCUCAAGGUGGCGUCCCGCGCGAUGACGGAGCAUGGUAACACGCAGCCCAGUCGUGAUGACGCGGUGUCCUUGUACAACCUCGUGGGCAAUAUUUGCAACUACCAGACCCACACGCCUAUCACACUCCAACCAAAGUAGUAGAUACGAUUGGCGGGAGUGUAUAUAAAGUGUGGCUAUUGAUUGUUAGCGCUCUUUUCAAGACACUUGUACUUAUUAUAUAUAGUUUGUAAAGCAGGGGCAGAGGUAUCCAGAAAUUCCUGGAAAGUUCCUCACUUGUCCCAGUUCAAUGAUUGCUGAAUGUACAGGAUCAGCACACAUAUGCUCAGGCAACAUCUUGUGUUUGUGUGUUUGUACAGCUCGCUUUACGAGCAAUGCCAUCGAAUUUGAAAUCCAAGGAUAAA